GGUCCUUGUGCCCACGAGUUUCUGUCAGUCGGGAGGCCACACUGUGCACCAUGGGUUCCUCUCAGGCACCCGGGUUGGGGCGUGUGGGAGGGCACGGGCUGAUGGCAUUGCUGCUGGCCGGUUUCAUUCUGCCAGGAACAUUGGCUAAGAGCAUUGGGACCCUCUUGGACCCCUGUAAGGACCCCACAAGGAUCACCUCCCCCAAUGACCCCUGUGUCAUUGGAAAGACUGGCUCCAGCAGCUUCGGCAGCCAAGGUGGAUCCAGCAGCUUCAGCAGCCAUGGCGGAUCCAGCAGCUUCAGCAGCCAAGGUGGAUCCAGCAGCUUCAGCAGCUCCCAGGGAGACUCUUCAGGAUCUUUGAUAUAUAAACCAGGAACAGGAUAUUCCCAGAGUAGCUAUUCUUCUGGCUCUGGCUCCUCCCAGUCAGGAAGCAGUGGCUCCCAGUCAGGAAGCAGAGGUUCUCAGUCAGGAAGCAGCGGCUCUCAGACAGGAAGCAGCGGCUCUCAGUCAGGAAGCAGCGGCUCUCGAUGGGUAAGCAGCAGCUUUCAGUACGGAAGCUCAAGCUCAGGGAGCAUCCGGGAGGGACCAGGAAGUGGCUCUGCUCUGCCAACCGAUGACAGAUCUUCAGGCAUCUCCCAGUCUGGAGGUUCCCACGCUUCCCAGAGCAGCAGCUCCAACCUGCGACCCUGUAGCUCCAACGUGCCCGACUCUCCCUGCAGUGGGGGCCCUGCCAUCACACACUCGGGGCCCUACAUCUCCAGCUCCCACUCCGUGUCAGGAGGGCAGAGGCCUGUAGUAGUGGUGGUGGAGCAACAUGGCGCUGGGGGCCCUGGAGCAUUUCAAGGCGUGCCCUGUGCCAACGGUGGCCCCUCGGGCAAGCCCUGCCCCCCCAUCACCUCUGUCCAGAAACCGUACGGUGGCUACGAGGUGGUGGGUGGCUCGGCCAACAGUUAUCUGGUCCCAGGCAUGACCUACAGCGGGGGUAAGAUCUACCCGGUGGGGUACUUCACCAAGGACAACCCCGUCAGGGGCUCGCCAGGGGCCCCCUCCUUUGCGGCUGGGCCCCCAGUCUCCGAGGGCAAGUACUUCUCCAGCAAUCCCAUCAUCCCCAGCCACAGCUCUUCCGUUUCCAACGCCUACCCCUCGGGCCUGGUGUUCCAGCCCGUGGGCACCGGCGGGGUCCAGCCCUGUGGCACCGGCUCUGCCAGCUCUAAGGGGCCUUGCUCUGGUUCCAGAGUUCAGAUCGUCUCCAGCAGCUCCAGCACCUCCUACCACCCCUGCGGCGGGGCUUCCCAGGGGCCCUGCUCGCCUCCUGGCCCCGGCUCCAUCGGAGGGGGAAGCUCCUCCGUCUCCACCGGCAAAAUCGUGCUUCAGCCCUGCGGCGGUCGGCCCAGCUCCUCCGCCUACCCGUGCCUUUCCGUUUCCACCUCCACCCUGAACGGGGCUCUGAACGGCUCCCCUCAGCCUAUCCCCUCGGCCGGUGCCAAGCCCUGUGGCCUCAGCAGCCCCGGGAAGGUGCCCUGCCGUUCCAUCCGGGACAUUCUGGCCCAGGUGAAGCCGCUGGGGCCCCAGCUAGCGGACCCUGAGGUCUUUCUGCCCCAGGGAGAGCCGCUUGACAAGCCGUAA